AUGCAGAAAGAUAUUUCUUUAUGGAGAACUAAAGCAGAAAACUACUUUGGUCUCCACAAUGAAUAUGUUAAGAAUUCUGUAUGCCAAAAUAUUAAAUCUCCACAAAAGAUUGUCGCUGAUUAUUUACUUCCUUUGUCAUAUUAUGUAGAUGCACUUGGCAACUGCAGAUUAUACUCUUUAGAUGGUGCAUACAAGUACAACGAAAUCGGUUCAUGCAAUCUUAACAUCCGCCCGACUUCAAUUGCAAGUUCAAGAGAUAAUCUUUUAGUUUCAACGACAAAAGGUGUUAUGAUGUAUACAACUAACGCUUCAUUAGCAUCUCGUGCACAGAACAUCGAUGAUUUUAUGCAAAUGGCUCUUCCAGUUCAAGAACAGCCAAAAGAUUUGGGAGAACCUGUCAUUAGGUUCUUCUCAUGCGAUACAAAAGUCGAAGGAUGGGCUAACAAAGAGUUUUCUGUCAUUCCUUAUGACGAAUUCAAAGAUGAUAAAAGCAGAAUUGCCAAAAAGAGUGUUGACAAGUUUUAUGAGCAAUGCAAGAAAGAAACACCAUUUAAAGCCGAACAAACAUUCUUUUUCGAUCAUACAGAUGUUAUGAAACAAAUAAAUUCAAAUAAUCCACCACCGCCACCAAUUACAGGCCCUGUAUCAACGGCAGUUCGCCAAGUAUCAUACACAUGGCGCAAUCUGCAGGCAUUCGUAUCAAUUAUGGGUACAAAUUGGUUUAAUUGGGAUAUAACUCGCCAAAAGCUCAAAAACGGCGGGUAUGGAGGCGGAUUCCAGAUAUCAUCACUCGACAUAUCCCCGAUUUUACGCGAAACCUUUGCGGUUGGCACUUACGGCGGAUAUGUCAAAAUCGUCGAUCUCCGAUCGAAACAAGAUGCUCCAGAGCUCAACAUCACAUCGGACUUCUCACCUGUCUCUGUUGUCAAAUUCUCACCCAUUGUUCAACCAUUACUUGCCACCACUUCGUCAGAUUUCAGUGUCAAACUUUGGGAUCUCCGUAUUGGCUUCGAAAAGCCAUUUCUUGUUCUCGAAGGCCACGACCAUCAAGUCAGCAGCAUACAAUUCUCAAAUCAUCGCGCAGAUUUCUUAUUUACAUCAUCAUACGACGGAUCGAUCGCAAUUUGGAACAUUAACAACCAAUAUCCACCACAUCAUUGUCUUACGAAAGUUACUCCAUCUCCUGGAGCUAAAAUCCUUGAGAUGGUCGCUGGAUAUCAUCGCGCCGACUCAUUUUACUACAGUUGCUCCGAUGGAGUUACAGGAGUUUACGAGCUUCGUCCUAAGCUCUUCCGUCCUGUCAUUCCCCAUCGUCUUACAACAACAGAAGACCAAGAAGCAGAAGAAUUGUCUUAUUUCAGGAGAAACCAAUUAUUACUCUCCAAGAUCCUUCCUAAAAUUAACAGGGUCUUCGAAAAGAAGGAAGACGUAACUCCGAUCUUCCCUCUUCUUGAUUUAGCGAAAUCAGUUCCAUUUGAUCUCGAAAACGUGGGAAUGUCGCAAUCCCCUCUCGCAGAUAUUAUUUCCCACUACUCAUACUACACGUCCAACGCCAUCCCGAUGCAAUUGCAGCAGAUUCCAGAACCACAACAAUUAUCUGAUGCAGGAAGAGCGAAUUUAUUCGCAAAAGUCAUCGGCAGCAUACAAAAGAAGGACCCCGCGACACUGAUGGUCGAGAAAAGAAACAUCAUUCUCGUUCUCGACGCUUUUUCGAGAGAACAAAUUUUGGGAAUUGUUCAGGUUAUCUCGCUAUCGUCAUUUGAAGAUGCAUUGGAAGUUGGUGGAGCCUAUUUAGAACUGGUUACCACUACAAACAAGGCCGAUAAGUUCCUUGAUGUCGGAUAUUUCCUACUUUAUCCGACAGUUUACGACGAUCCGACCCAGAAAUUCAUUCCUUACACUGAGAAAAGUGUAGACGAGAAGACUCGCUUGAAGCCAAUCUUCGACAACACUUCUAAAAUCAAACAAGAAUUGGCAGAUUUGCAGGCAAUCAUUGCAACGGCCGCAAACGAUGCCAAAAUAUCGAAUGAUAUGUAUAAGACAUUACAAAGAUACGACAGCUUCGUUUCUUUGUUCUUAUGCAGAACAUAUCUUUCAUUGAUGCUUUCCAUGCAACAAUGGUCAUUCUGUAUCAUCAGGGCAGCUUCUAUCGCCAAGGAACUCGCAGCGUUUCCAAUCAAAAAGGUCCUUUUCGACUGGAUUGAGGCAGAAGUAACUCCAAGAUUUUUCCCAACGGUUGCAAGAAAAAUUGCCGAUGAAAAAAUCACUGAUGUUCAGUAUGCAGUUACAAUUGCUGAGAUUAUAGUAAUUGGUAUUGGAGCUGAUGAAAUAACACCAACUUUCGAAGAAAAUAUUACUAAAUUGAUCGGAAUUGUGAAGAAUUCCCUUGAAAAAGUUAUAAAUGGUCACGAAUGCGUUAAAAUAUUCGGAAAGAACUCUUUCGAAAUCGCUUCGAUGAUUCAGAAGAGAAUUGACGAGUUAAAGCACUUCUCUUCAACAAAGACAUUCCAGAGAUGCAGAAGCGCCCAAUCAUUGGCAACUUUAAUUGCCAACGCAGCAAAUAAGGCUUGA